AUGAAGUUCUGCCUGUAUAUUAUUUUUUCUUGUUGCUUUGUGGUGACCAAAACAAUGGGAUCCGGAUCGGAUGAGGACUUGGCAAGGGCUCUAGCCCAAGUGGUGGUCAAUUCGGAGAUGGGUAGCUUGAAGACCUUGUACAUCUACACCCAUAGAAGCUCCCAGACGACUGGUGGCCAUUUGGAGGAGUUGCUCGACCAGGUGCUGAUGGCUUUGCCAUCCACUUUGCAGGCACGCAAGCUGUACAUUCAGCAAUCUAUGGAGUACAAACCAUAUGUACAUGCUGUACUGGCUUUGGUAGACAAUCUUCCGGCUCUUACGGCAAUCUACGGACGCAUUCGAGCCACCCAGGAUUUGUCGUACACCUUGAUAUACAUGUCCCUGCCCACGGAGGCGUAUGGCGAGGAGAUUCAAUUGGUCCUGCGCCUGUUGUGGCGCCUCAGUGUGCUGAAUGUGGGCGUAGUACUGCGUCCACCUGGUGGUCAGCUCAUUAUGGUCAGCUAUUUUCCUUUCAGUGCAUCCCAUGGCUGUCAGGAGAUUUUGCCCAAUGUGGUGAAUCGCUACCAAGUGGAAAUCGGACAAUGGGCUAGCCAGGAUUAUUUUCCCCCUAAGCUGGGCAACUUCUAUGGCUGUCUAUUGACCUGCGCCACCUGGGAGGAUAUGCCCUAUUUGGUUUGGCGCCGCGAUGGAAGUGAAUCUUUUGUGGGCAUCGAGGGGGCUCUGUUGCAGUUCAUGGCCGACAAUCUGAACUUCAGCGUGGGUAUCUACUGGAUGAAUAAGGAGGAGGUGCUGGCCACUUUCGAUGAGUCGGGCAGGAUUUUCGAUGAGAUCUUUGGCCACCAUGCGGACUUCUCCCUGGGCGGUUUCCACUUCAAGCCCAGUGCCGGCAGCGAGAUUCCCUAUUCCCAGUCCACCUACUACUUCAUGAGUCACAUCAUGUUGGUGACCAAUCUGCAGAGUGCCUACUCCACCUACGAGAGGCUGGCCUUUCCCUUCAGCCCACUCCUGUGGAGGGUUAUUGCCUUGGUCCUGAUCCUGGCCUGCCUGCUCCUCUUGAUGGUGCAUCGUUUGUGGCCUGGUCAUGAGUUGCCCAGGAAUCCGUACUAUGAGCUCUUUGUCCUGACAAUGGGUGGAAAUUUGGAGGAACGCUGUCUUCCACUUGGAUUUUCCGGUCGAUUGGUACUGCUCACCUGGAUGUUUGGCACCUUAGUCCUGAGGAUUGGCUACCAGUCGGGAAUGUACCAGCUGCUGCGCCAGGAUACUCAGAGGAAUCCGCCACAAACCAUAUCCGAAGUGCUGGCCCAGCGUUUCACCAUUCAGUUGGCGGAGGGCAAUGAGGCCAAUAUUAUGGCCAGUUUGCCGGAGCUGCGACCCGAGCAAUUGGUUCACCUGGAGGGCAGUGAGUUGCAAUCCUUUCCAGCUCUGGCCCAGCAAAGUGGCUGCUCCGCCCGGUUGGCCAUCCUUACGCCCUACGAGUAUUUCGGGUACUUCCGGAAGGUGCAUCCGGUGAGCAGGAGAUUGCAUUUGGUGCGGGAACGCAUCUACACCCAGCAGUUGGCCUUCUAUGUGAGGCGUCACUCGCAUCUGGUGGGUGUGUUGAACAAGCAGAUCCAACAUGCCCAUGCCCAUGGUUUCCUGGAGCACUGGACGCGCCAGUAUGUGAGUGCCGUAGAUGAGGCGGAUGAGAGUGUUUCCAGGAUUGCCUCCACUUCGUACCAGACGCUGGACGGGAUUGAAGGCGAUCCACGGCUGUCGGAGGCCGAGGAGCAGCAGGUGGCUCCCGUCCGCCAGAAUGUGCUCUCCAUGAGGGAACUGGAAGCCCUAUUUUGGCUUGUCUUCUGGGCGAAUCUGGGAGCAGUGGUGGUCUUCCUCAUGGAAUUGCUGCUGCCCAGGUUAAAAUUUGGGAAAAGGAUUACCAGAAUAUCGAUUAGGGUACCAAGGAAAACAGAUGGGAAAUAA